AACGAGUUGUCUUGGGCGGUGUGGUCAGUGGUAACACCAGAAAGUUGUAAGAAAUGAAAGGACUAGGAAAUCCAAUGUCGCCAAUAUGGUGGUGGAACUUCUCCAAUAUGCAGUUUCAGCGGAAUUUCCUGUCAAGUAAUUUAGGAGCAAUUCACCAAGUGAUCAAAUUCCGAAUUAGGGAUUGGGAGUAACGCCGAAGUUUCCUGUGGUUCCGUUUGUGAGUUUUGGAUCAAAUCAUGUGCAUGAUGCAGGUGCUUCUCCGGCAACAAUCCUACUGCCAUCAAUUCCUUAUCCACCUCUUCUUCUUCUGUCUCUGUCAGUCUGCAACUCUUUCUCUCCUCGGAAAAAAUGGCGGGAACCAUGUUAAGUCAUCCACGACCGCAACCUCCGCCAGCCAUGGCGCGCAGCAAAUCGCUGUGCCUUCAACAGUCCCAAUCUCUCGAGGAAUCACGUUGGAGGUUCAGGUCCUUCCCGUACAAAUCAGGAGAAGUUGCAGAUUACAGUCCAGAUUUUGGAAAGGCUGCAUUUCAAGCUUUGAUGAAAUGGUCAGAUAGUUUGAACAUGGAGGAGAACCCCAGCAGGUUGCCUUUGCUCGGAAAAGGUUUCGGUGAUGACAACAGCACCUAUUACAAGGAACACAACCUGACAACAGGAUCCGAUGAUUACAACCCCAGUGAGUUGCUUUUAACUAGUGAUAGCCCACAUGCUUACACUGACUAUGACGAGCGUGGCAAUGUGGCAACGGGCUCUGAUGAUUCCAACCGCAGUGAGCCGCUUUUACCUAGCGUUAGUUCACAUGCUACUACGAACUAUGGGGAGCAGGGCAAUGUGGCAAAUGUAGUGGGCUCUGAUGAUUCCAACCUCAGCGCGUCACUUUUACCAAGCGUUAAUCCUCAGGCUAAUACGGACUUUGGUGAACCAGGCAAUCAAACAACGACAGUGGGCCCUUCUAGUUCAAGCGUUGUGGUUAACAUUGGUGUUGACUUUGACCACCCACGUCAUGGAACAAGAGUUACCAGAUGCCAGUGGAUCUUUAUGCUCAAUGGUCUCAGCCUAGAAAUGUUGUCAGCCUAUUUUGAUCAGUUAUCCUCCCCAAAUAAUUCUCGUUAUGCACUGGUUAGUUUGCUGUUAGCCAUUGCAGCUGUGCUUACUUGCAUCGUGGAGCUCAUUCACAAUGGUCUAAAGGAAGGAGUUGAAUCUACCAACUGCACGGUUUUCGGUACUUUGCCUGAUAUUUUUGGUUUGGGUCUUUCCCUUAUCCAAUGUAUUUGCUCAGCAGUGCAGUAUCAUUUCCUCCAUCGGCAUGAAAAUAAUCCUAUGAAACUAUCCCCUGUGCCUCUCUUCUUUUUCUGCUGUUUGGUGGUUUUGAAAUUGAAAAUGAACUAGAGCUACACUGUCAUUCGGAAUGCAAACCUGGUGACAGUAGACAAUAUGGCUCAUUGAUUGUGUGCCCGUCUCAUUAUUCGUUUGUCGCACCAUUUAUCUAUUAGAAGCCAAGUGCCAACGAUUAGAUUUCGAUCUUGCAGAUGAACUUGUAACCACUCAAUGAAUAUAUAUACAUAUAUAUACAUGCCUAAAAUAUGUAUGCAUGCCUAAUGUUUUAACA